CUUUAAGAGGAAGUAGUGCCGGCUGCCGGUGGCGGCGCGCGGAGAGGGGUUUUGUGGGACGGGGCCGAGCUCCGCGGGUGUUGGAGUGCUGAGGCCGCACGAGGGGGAGCCGCUUCCGCGCCGCCGCGGCGGAGCUGCCACCGGCCAGAUCAGGACCAGAUGAGCAGAGGGAGGUUUCUGUGAAGAUCAGAGUUACCCCAGCCCUGCCCUGGGAAGUGGCCCAGCAGCGCCGUGUCUCCGGCUGUCAUCGUUACAGACGUGGAAAAGACAAAAGGAGAGGAGAAAAAUGUCCCAUGCUUUAAAGCAAGUGUUCAAUAAAGACAAAACGUUCCGGCCCAAGCGCAAGUUUGAACCAGGGACUCAGCGGUUUGAGCUGCACAAGAAGGCUCAAGCCUCGCUCAAUGCUGGCCUGGACUUGAAAGUUGCCGUCCAGCUGCCGCCGGGAGAGGAGCAGAACGAUUGGGUGGCUGUGCACGUGGUGGACUUCUUCAACCGCAUCAACCUGAUCUACGGCACCAUCAGUGACUAUUGCACAGAGCAGUCCUGCCCUGUCAUGUCAGGGGGACCCAAGUACGAGUACCGAUGGCAGGACGAGCACAAGUACCGGAAACCCACGGCCCUGUCGGCUCCCCAGUACAUGAACCUCCUGAUGGACUGGAUUGAGGUACAGAUCAACAAUGAGGACAUCUUUCCCACUAAUGUUGGUACUCCCUUCCCCAAGAACUUCCUCCCGGUGGUGAAGAAAAUUCUCUCCAGGCUCUUCCGGGUCUUUGUCCAUGUCUACAUCCACCAUUUCGACAGGAUCACCCAGAUGGGGUCGGAAGCCCACGUGAACACCUGCUACAAGCACUUUUACUACUUUGUUAAAGAAUUCAAUCUCAUAGACACCAAGGAGCUGGAACCACUGAAGGAAAUGACCUCCCGGAUGUGCCACUGAGGUCAGACCUUCCUGCUCCCACCUUGGCCUCUCUUCCGAGGACUCCUAGUCCCACUCCUGCAUUGGAGACGUGAUUCAAGGGGAGAACAGAGACAUUUGGUUAAAGAAAUCUAUAUAUUUUUAAUGAGUUUCAAUGUAAAACUGUGAUAUUGCGGGAAUAUUUUUUUAAAGAUGCUCUAGAUAAACUAGUUUUUUACAGUAAUUUCUAUAAAAAAAAAGGAAAUAUUUUGGGCCGCUUGGUGGAAGUGUUUGCUUGUUGAGGAGGGAAGAGGCACCCUGUAUUGUCUCUUCCCCGUCCCCUCACUGCAGUGGCACCAAGCGAGCUUAGCCAGAUGCUUCAGAUAGAGCUGCGUCGUGUAGCUGGUGCUGCCACGGAAGCGGUACUUCCCUCUGGACACCCAUUCCCCACCCGUGAAGGGAGGUUACAUGGGGAUUGGGGAUGAUAUGCUGGUGUACGCAGAUCCCCUGGGGUGCUGUUUGGUUCCAGCACCUCUUCCACUGGCUGUGAGUCCAGUUUUUGGACAGAGCUGCUUUUGUGCUCACCCUCGCUUGGCAUCUGUCCCGAAGGCUUGGCCCUUCUUGCUUUUCCUUUGAAAGAAGGUGAACUUGGGGUUCUCUGAUGGCCAACCAGCUCUGCUCUGCUGUUGGAGCCUGUGCUGCUGCUGCCAUUGUGAAUCUGCCUCUUACAGCAGCUCUGAGCUGAGCUUCUCCCCGGCCGUAGCCCAGCCGUGGCUCCGGGUGCGAUGUCCCCACAGGCAGCGUUACGCCAAGCUGUGCGUCGUGGGGGUGAGCAGAGGGAAGGCGGUGAGAGAGGCAUGGGGAAGUCUUCUUCUCAACCACCUGCACUUCCCCAUCUCCUUGUGGUACGCUGACCCUGCCGAGAAGGAACUGGGCUGCUUGUCCUUCCAGCCUCGCUUACUGGCUGCAUGUGGACCACUUUCUGCUUCCCAUGAGGGUACGGAGCCUUCUCCUUCUUCCCGAGCAGCAUGGCCCUGCUCGGCUGCUCACAUCUCAUAACCAAGGUCUCUGGUGUGCAGCCAGAGACCGCCAGCCUUGUCUGCCGCUCACACAAGCGACUCAGCUGCAUGAUGAGAGCUUUGCAGUGCCCCCGAGGUAGGUAGAUGAGGUCUACCUAGGAUUUGGGGGGAGUGGGUGAGCAGGGUUUACAGUAAGUGAAAAGGUUUCUAUGAACAGUGACCAAACUGUACCACUAACCGCUUCUUCCUUACAAAGUUUUUCUGUGUCCUGGAAUCUCUGUACAUACGUGAGUCUCGUUUCUUGUACUAUUGGUAGGACACUCGUACAAAUACCACUAUCAUUCUCUGAAAUGGAACCAAUAAAUUAUGUUGUAUUUACAUAGCA